GCGGUCUCUGGCUGGAGCCCCGCCUCUGGUUCUCGUGCAGAGCCGGGCCGGCUGUGGCUGCGACGCCGCGCGGCUCAGGGCGGGUCCGCCGAGGCAAUGGGGAUGGCUCGCGCGGCCUCCAGGGUCAGCGGCACCCCGGGUGGGCCACGUCCCUUCUCCGGGCCUCAGUUCCCGUUUCCCUAAAACGGGAGCGAAAACAGGGCUUCGAGGCAAUACCGCGCCUAAGCCCCUGGAGAACGCAGGGCCCGUGUCGGCCUGACCCGGUCUGGGGUCCCAAGGCGCCGGCAGGGUCUGGGGGGUCGCUGCGAUGGACUCUCUGGCAGCGCCCCAGGACCGCCUGGUGGAGCAGCUGCUGUCACCGCGGACCCAGGCCCACAGGAGGCUCAAGGAUAUCGACAAGCAGUACGUGGGCUUUGCCACGCUGCCCAACCAGGUGCAUCGGAAGUCAGUGAAGAAGGGCUUCGAUUUCACACUCAUGGUGGCAGGUGAGUCAGGCUUGGGGAAGUCCACACUGGUCCACAGCCUUUUCCUGACUGACCUGUACAAGGACCGGAAGCUGCUCAGUGCUGAGGAGCGCAUCAGCCAGACGGUAGAGAUUCUGAAGCACACAGUGGACAUCGAGGAGAAGGGCGUUAAGUUGAAGCUCACCAUUGUGGACACUCCUGGCUUCGGGGACGCUGUCAACAACUCUGAGUGCUGGAAGCCCAUCACCGACUAUGUGGACCAGCAGUUUGAGCAGUAUUUCCGUGAUGAGAGUGGUCUCAACCGCAAGAACAUCCAAGACAACCGGGUGCAUUGCUGCCUGUACUUCAUCUCUCCAUUUGGGCACGGGUUGCGACCAGUGGACGUGGGUUUCAUGAAGGCUCUGCAUGAGAAGGUGAAUAUCGUGCCCCUCAUUGCCAAAGCUGACUGUCUGGUUCCUGGCGAGAUCCGGAAGCUGAAGGAGCGGAUCCGGGAGGAGAUUGACAAGUUCGGGAUCCAUGUGUAUCAGUUCCCCGAGUGUGACUCAGAUGAGGACGAGGACUUCAAGCAGCAGGAUCGGGAACUGAAGGAGAGUGCGCCCUUUGCGGUUAUCGGCAGCAACACAGUGGUGGAGGCCAAGGGACAGCGGGUCCGGGGGCGACUGUACCCCUGGGGCAUUGUGGAGGUGGAGAACCAGGCGCACUGCGACUUCGUGAAGCUGCGUAACAUGCUCAUCCGCACACACAUGCAUGACCUCAAGGAUGUGACGUGUGACGUACACUAUGAGAACUACCGUGCACACUGCAUCCAGCAGAUGACCAGCAAACUGACCCAGGACAGCCGCAUGGAAAGCCCCAUCCCCAUCUUGCCACUGCCCACUCCGGAUGCCGAGACAGAGAAGCUCAUCAGGAUGAAGGAUGAGGAGCUGAGGCGCAUGCAGGAGAUGCUGCAGAAGAUGAAGCAGCAAAUGCAGGACCAGUGACCCCACCCCAGCCCCACACUGCCAUGGAUAUACUGCCAGUUUCCAGGCUGGCCCAACCCACCCCUGCACCUAGACCAGCCUGGACUCGACCCUGGAUUCAUCUGGAUCUCCAACAGGCCUGGACGCAACCCCAAUCCCAGAGUGGCCUAAACCUGGACCUUUCCCAUCCUGACCUGGAGACUCGGGGUCACAGCACAGCCCCCAACCAACCCUAAUUUAUUCUCAGCAUCAGCCCCUCCCCUCAUUUGUAUCUGUUUCCACGGGCCUGGGCAACAGCCCCCACAACAGGCGCCCUCUGGCCUUGUGGGAGCAGGAGCUAGACUGGGCUAUGACUUUUGAGAUCUCUCCCACUCCAGAAGGUCACAGCACUCAGAUUCCAGGCCCUACUCAGGCAGGCGGGUAAACCACAGCAGAAUAGGGAGCAGAUCCCUGGGAUCUCGGACCUAUUCCCCCACCCCACUGCCACAGCAAGGACUUAGGAGCCCUGUUCCCCUGCUCCAACUGGAGCCCAGCAUAUGUUAUCACACUUUGUGUGGAUAUGGGCUAGGUCCUUUCUUCCUUCCUCACCCGGUAGCUCAUGGGGCAGGUGGGUUUGCAGAAGCACUUAGGAUCCCUCUAGACCUAAGGCAGCAAGCAGAGGAUGGCUGGUGUGCCUGUGAUAACCUAUGCCCCGCCCCCAUGGCUGUGGCCUGCGAGGGCUCCAGGAGCAGUGGGCAGUGGACCAUCCCCUAGCAAUCCUCAUGCCUAGUCUGCGUUCUUCACCUGUCGCUGGAGGUCCCUUCUUCCCAGCAGCACUGUUGCCCUGGGUUCUCUAGCCCUUGCCCCCCCACCCACCCCUCCACCGGCAUGAAUCUUUCCCCAAGCCCCAUUCUCCAGUUUUGUUCAGUUUUGAAUGGCAAGUCCUGUCCUGGUGACAGAACAAUGUUGGUAAACGUC